AUGGCCGCCGUGCGCCGGCUGCGCGAGGUCCCGCGGCACUUGCUGGUGUGCGAGAAGUCCAACUUCGGCCACAGCAGGUCGCGCCACCGGCGCCUCGUGGAGACCCACUACUACAACUGCCGGGUGUCUGUGCUGGUCCCUGAGUGCGGGGUCCUGCCCCCGGAGCUGAGGAAGCUGCUGUCUGAGGCGGGCCCCUACUUCUCGGUCAGGGAUCUGCCCCUGAGGGAAUUCCUCUCCCUGGAAUUCAUCAGCAGGUUCGUGAAGGAAGGCUCCUUCUAUGCGCUGACGUUCAACACGCACAUUGAUGAGGACAACUCGGCUGCCUUGCUGCCCAGUGGGAAGUUGAUCUUAUCCUUGGAUAAGGACACGUACGAGGAGACUGGGCUGCAGGGCCGGCCGGCCCAACACUCUGGCAAGAAAACCGUGAAAUUCAUCGUUACCAUUGAUUUGCUGGAUUUAGCCUUGAACCCGGAUUCAAAGAGGUCCACAAGGGUUCGCUGGGCCUUGGGGGAGAAGCAGCCACUGAAGUUUGACUUUCUCUUGGCCUGGCACCAUGCAGGAAAAGAGGAUGCGGCGGUGAUGUCACACUUCUCCAGUUACUCGAUCCGGGAGCACCGCCCGCAAGUGGUCCUGAGCUCGGUUCCUGAGCUACAGUGCCCCGUACUGCAGAGCAGAGAGCCUCGGGGACAGCCCGGCGAAGCCUGCAGUGCCCCUGACUUCCUGGAGUGGCUGGGGGCCGUGUUCAUCGGAGCAGACCUGAUUAACGAGCCAGACAGCUUUGUGUCCACGUAUUGCUGUCCCCAGCCCAGCACGGUAACUGCUAGGACCUGCAUGUGCACCAUCACGGGCUUCCUGCUUCCCGAGCUCGUCUCUGCCCUGCUGGAGCAUUUGUGCCGAUUCUUCGAGGAGCCCAAGCUGGCCCCAUGGGCUGUGCUGUCUGUGCAGGGCUUUGCUGAUAGCCCCGUGUCCUGGGCUGAGAAUGAGCACGGCUUCGGGGGCAGUGGUGAGCACCUGUACAGCUUUGUUGUCUUCAGGAGCCAGGACUACUGGCUGCAGAUGGCUGUGGGUGCCCGGGAUGAGUGUCCCCCCUGACACAUAGCCCGAGUCUCCUCACGGUGGCUGUUGGACUUGUCGAUGGAAACGAUGGCUCACAGGAUGGGACGUUUCUUACACGGAUUCAGCACACGUGUGACCAUGGCCGGACCCA